GAGGGAGAGACAAUGGGCUGGUGGAGAGAGGACCCAUCCGGACCGGGGAGACUGUGCGCUCCCAGCGCCUGAGCCGCCCGGGCGGCCAACUCGGAGGGAGCGAGAGAGCGAGGGAGCGAGCGAGAAGGGCCCGCGAGGAGCGGCGGAGACCCGGGCGUUCUGUAACUAAAAUGAGCGGAGCGCAGCGGCGGCGGCGGCAAUAAGCUUAUUGCAAUUGACAGCGUCUGCAGUUCAUUUCAAGAUGGCCGCUUGGCUCACAUUCAUUUUCUGCUGAACGACUUUUAACUUUCAUUGUCUUUUUUGGCCGCUCCGAUCAUCACCCACCGGCUCCGUUUUCCGGAGCCGCUGCUCGCCACGCCAAAAUGCACCGAACAACCAGAAUCAAAAUAACCGAGCUAAACCCCCAUCUCAUGUGCGUGCUCUGCGGCGGGUACUUCAUUGAUGCAACAACCAUCAUAGAGUGCCUCCACUCCUUCUGUAAGACCUGUAUCGUGCGUUACUUGGAGACCAGCAAGUAUUGUCCUAUCUGUGAUGUCCAAGUUCACAAAACUCGGCCGCUUUUGAAUAUAAGGUCAGAUAAAACUCUCCAAGAUAUUGUAUACAAGCUAGUACCAGGCCUUUUCAAAAAUGAAAUGAAAAGAAGAAGGGAUUUUUAUGCUGCUCAUCCGUCGGCUGAUGCUGCCAAUGGCUCUAAUGAAGACAGGGGAGAAGUGGCUGAUGAAGACAAAAGAAUUAUAACAGACGACGAGAUAAUAAGCUUAUCCAUUGAAUUCUUUGACCAGAACAGACUGGAACGAAAAGGAAAUAAGGAGAAAGAAAAAUCAAAGGAAGAGGUGAAUGACAAAAGAUACUUGCGCUGCCCAGCAGCAAUGACAGUGAUGCAUCUAAGAAAGUUCCUGCGGAGUAAAAUGGAUAUACCUAACACUUUCCAGAUCGAUGUGAUGUAUGAAGAGGAGCCUCUGAAGGACUACUACACCCUAAUGGAUAUUGCCUACAUCUAUACCUGGAGGCGGAAUGGGCCUCUGCCCCUGAAAUACCGGGUCCGACCUACUUGCAAGAGGAUGAAGAUCAGUCACCAGAGAGAAGGCUUGAAUAACAGUGGGGAGCUGGAAAGUGACUCUGGGAGCGACAAGGCGAGCAGCCCAGCAGGAGGCAUCCCCUCCACCUCCUCCUGUUUGCCCAGCCCCAGCACCCCGGUCCAGUCUCCUCACCCCCAGUUCCCUCACAUCUCCAGCACCAUGAAUGGCACCAGCAGCAGCCCCAGCAGUAACCACCAGUCCUCCUUUACCAACAGAGCUCGGAAAACAUCAAUAAAUGGCUCCUCAGCCACUUCAUCUGGUUGACGUGCCAACCAGGCUACCACCCUCGUCCUUCCUUUAUAUAGAUCUCUCCAUGCCAUUACAGCUUUAUAGAUGCUAAUCCAUGUGACUAUCAUCCAAAUUGCUUUCUUUUGUAGUAACACUGAACUUGGCUAUAAAAGGCCAGACUAGGUGACAUUCAGGAUGGACGUUAAUGGAAACGCAAGAUUGAAAUGUAAAUUGUUUUCAGAGGACUGAGAAGCAAACAAAAGUUACAUCUUCACCUGUUCUGAGUGAUGUGGAGUUGUUUCUGUCCCCAUCAUCUGGAGUCAGGAGUCUCCAGAAGUCAGUACAAAUCCCGGGAAGUAGUUUGUUAAUCCAGACUAACUCCUCCAUUGCGUUCUCUUCGAUUGUUAUUGUUCUUAUGCUGUUUUGUGAACCUGUAGAAAGCAAGUGCUUUUUCAUCUUGAAAUCCAACAAAAUCGAAAGAAUAUGCAUAGAGAAAUGCAUAUAUGUAGCCAUGUCACUGUGAAUAACAAUUUUUGCGUAUUAGCCAUUUUGAUUCUUAUGUUGCAUCUUUUACUUCUCUGUUGCUGCGCAGAACCGAUCAAAAGAAAAGUAAACUUCAGUUUUACAAUCUGUAUGCCUAAAAGCGGGUAUUACCGUUUUAUUUACUGACUUGUUUAAAUGAUUCGCUUUUGUAAGAAUCAGAUGGCAUUAUGCUUAUUGUACAAUGCCAUAUUGGUAUAUGACAUAACAGGAAACAGUAUUGUAUGAUAUAUUUAUAAAUACUAUAAAGAAAAUAUUGUGUUUCAUGCACUCAUGAUAUGGUUGUUAACUUUCUAAACUGGUUCGACCCUUGCAGAUGCCGCCUGUUUGAGCUUUGCUUGUACUGCAAGAAACACUUUGUGUGUGAGAGCUACAGUAUUGGGAAAGCACAUUCAAGUCUCUGAUAACCCGGAGGCAAUUGGCAAUCUUAAAAGGAUUUUACUGGCUUUGUCUGGUUUUUUUCAAGUGAAAUAUUUUUACUUUACCAAAUGUUGAAGUGAUACAGUGAAGAAAAAAAAAAAUCAAGGGACAUGGAAGUCUU